AUGAGGUCACAAUGGAUGACUCAGCCUAUAUCCCAAAGACCUUGGUACUGCUGGCCCAGAGUAGCCGACCUCCUCCCAGAAGAUAGAGAACUCAGCCUCACGGAACAAGGCCAAGAACAUCUGCUUAUUCAGCCAAGGAUGUCUGAAUUAGAGAAAGCCUUCUGUAAAUUUGCAACGUACGGGGACACGGCUGCUACUGGCAAUGACAUGACAUGCAAGAACUUCUCCAAGCUGUGCAAAGAUUGUGGUGUGAUGGAUGGGAAAGCUGUGACCAGCACGGACGUUGACAUUGUAUUUAACAAAGUCAAGACCAAGGGCGCUCGCACCAUCAACUUUGUUGAAUUCCAGCAGUCCAUGAAGGAGUUAUGCGGGAAGCGCUUCAAGAGCAAGUCCCCUGAGGAGGCACUGCAGGCUGUGUAUGCACUGAUAGAGGGCAAGGACCCAGCCAAUGUGGGCGUCACAAAAGCCACCACAGUUGGUGGGGUGGAAAGGCUGACGGAUACCAGCAAAUACACAGGUUCUCACAAGGAACGAUUCGAUGAAAGCGGCAAGGGGAAGGGGCUGGCUGGCCGUGAGGAACUGACUGAUAGCAGUGGCUAUGUUGGGGCCUACAAAGGAUCUGGCUCCUAUGACAAGACACAUUAAGUCCUAGAUCUGUUCUUAGGAUAACCCUACACUCCAGUUAUCCACUGUAACCUGAGAGGGGAGGCAAGUAAAUACC